AUGCCGCAGGUCCCAACAGUUCGCCUGGGAUCCACUGCGAUCCUCAGCAGUGUCCAACAGCCUCUUCGCUCUUUAUCUUCUUCUCGUCUGCCUGCCGCAGCUUCAAACCACACAGCUUUACUAUCUUUUCGCUUCUCUCCGCCCCCGAAACCAACGUGUCGGGCAUAUUCUUCCACAGCCACUCCUCCCCCUCCUCGAUCCCGUCUCCGCCGCUUUAUUGGCUUCACGUCACUCGCCGUUUUUGCCUUCAUCGCUGGAGGAUCCUACCAGACCUUGAAGACCGCCUCGGGCAUGAUGGACCUCCGACUAAGCACCGACGAGGAGACCCUCUCCGCCUUCAUCCCCGGCGAUGAGUUCACCAAGGAAGUAGACGACUAUAUUCGCAAUCAUCCACUGGCCGUCUCGCUGCGCGAGGACCCCGCCUUCACCGAAUCCCGCCCACACUUGAAGAUGCCAGCACAGAUGCGCGCGCGCAGUCUCACGGGCGGAACGUUGGCCGGGCCAGAGAUGAUCGUCGUGCCGCCAUUGGUGUUCUGCGAGGAGGGUGGGAAGAGCCUGGUUUCUUUGCUGUACCUUGGUCCCAGCCUCUGCGGGCAUCCCGGAAUCGUGCACGGCGGUCUCCUGGCCACCUUGCUGGACGAGGCAAUGGGCCGCUGCUGCUUCCCCGCGCUGCCGAACCGCGUUGGCGUCACCGCCAACCUGAAUCUCGAUUACCGCCUUCCCGCAAUGGCGGGUAAUUACGUCGCGCUGCGAGCAGAGACGGUCAAGGUGGAAGGUCGCAAAGCCUGGGUGGAGGCGCGCAUCGAGACGCUGCCGGAAGAUGGCAAAGAGCCGAAAGUCCUGGUAGAGGCGAAGGCGCUCUUCAUUGAGCCCAAGCAGGCUGCGGCAAUGUCCUCCCUGUACAACGUCACCGCUUAG